UACAAAUUAACAAAACUAUUAUUAUUAAGCCCAUUAACAAAUAGGAAAACUAUUCAUAAAAAAAACCCCUGAAAGUCAUUAAUUGCAGUUACUGUGUUGUGAUUAUUGUAUUGUAUGUUUUUAUGUCCCUCCUGUGUUUUCCUGCCCACUGUGAGCGGCAGCAGUAUAUUAUCCCGCUGUUACUGCUCUGUUAGGGGUAAUUGUACACUAAUUACCAUGAAGUUGUAAACUCCUCCCACCGACCACUGAUUGGUCAGAUACCAGAGGGCAUCGAGGCCCCAAAACCGCCCUUGGUCAAAGACCCAGGUAUAAAUGGAUCCAGGCCGCAGCUCAGAGGACAGAAAAGUUAGUGACAGGACUCUACAUUCCCCUAAAAACACUGAAACGUCCCUAGAACCAUUUCUUGUUCCUCGUCCUUUUGGUUUAGACUAAAGAUCCUCCAGUGUGACCUUCAGUGGAUUUUCUCUUCUUCUUCUCCUUCUUCUUCUUCUUCUUCUUGGUUGUGCUGAGGACUGAACCAUGGAGCUGUCGGAUAUCUCUUUCCCCAUCCCGGCUCCUGAUGAUUUCUAUGACGACCCCUGCUUCAACACCAGCGAUAUGCACUUCUUUGAGGACCUGGAUCCGCGGCUGGUCCAUGUGGGCCUCCUGAAGCCGGAUGACUCCUCCUCUUCAUCCUCACCGUCUCCUUCUUCCUCGUCUUCCUCCCCGUCCUCCCUACUCCACCUCCACCACCAUGGUGAGGGGGAGGACGACGAGCACGUCCGCGCCCCCAGCGGGCACCACCAGGCGGGCCGCUGUCUGCUCUGGGCCUGCAAGGCCUGCAAAAGAAAGACCACCAACGCCGACCGGCGGAAGGCGGCGACGAUGCGGGAGCGCCGGCGGCUGAGCAAGGUCAACGACGCCUUCGAGACGCUCAAGCGAUGUACCACCGCCAACCCCAACCAGCGGCUGCCCAAGGUGGAGAUCCUGCGCAACGCCAUCAGCUACAUCGAGUCUCUGCAGGCGCUGCUGCGCGGCGGUCAGGAGGACGGAUACUACCCGGUGCUGGAGCACUACAGCGGGGACUCUGACGCCUCCAGCCCCCGCUCCAACUGCUCCGACGGCAUGACGGACUUUAACGGCCCGACGUGUCAGUCAACGAGGAGAGGAAAUUACGAAAGCAGCUCUUAUUUCUCCCAGACUCCAAACGGAGGCCAGAAAAGUGAGAGGAGCUCGGUGGUCUCCAGUCUGGACUGUCUCUCCAGCAUUGUGGAGCGGAUCUCCACAGAGAACAGCAGCCUGCUGCCGACCACCGACGGCCCGGGGUCACCACCGACAGAGCCCACUGGUGAGACAGCUGUCCCUGGAUCAGUCCAGAUCCCUUCUCCCACUGCUACCCAGGACCCCAGUCUGAUCUACCAAGUCCUAUAAACCCUCAGACUUUGGACAAUCCACAUACACAUGAAAAUACACACACACACACACACAGACACUGGACUGAGUCUUGACAACCAAGUUUGCAUCAGCUGUUGAGGUUUUAUAGCUUCCUUCUUCCACCUGUUUUUUUUUAUUCCCUGAGGUUCAACAUAUGGAAAAUUUCUUCGAAAAGAAAGAAAUAAGAAACAACUACCAACAUUUAAAAACCAUGCAUAAACUGAAAUACUUAUUACUCGUAGAUGACGACGACCAGGAGUAACUCGGCCCUGAAUAACCACACUGAUUUACCGCAGCACAAAAGAUUAUUCCUGACUACCUUAAUUCAGUCUUAAUUCAACAGCAGUAAAAUCUGAAAAUAUUCCCACAUUGUUUUUAUUCCUUUCGUAUGGCAAUUGGAAAUUGGUCAAUUUGCAUUUGAAUGCAACCAUACAAAAAAUACAUAAACUGAAAGCAACACAGAAACAGGGUCAAAGCUGUGACCUUCGAUCUCAUUGUGCAAUCAGUGUUGAGCAUAUGUGACCCUCAGAUUCCCUCAUUUUCACCAAAUCCAGCCUUAAAACCAAAUCUACAACGAAGCAGUUCAACAACAAAUACUUCUUAAAACAUGCUACUGCUUAGAAAUCUGUUCAGUUCAUGCUGUAUAUGUGUUUAUUGUUAGUUGGUUUUUUGUAUUUAUGAAAAGUAUUUAAAGGCUCAGCUGAGUCCUUCAGAUGGAGUUUUCCCCCUCUCUGUGUGUAGUAUAUUUGAAAAAGGACGGAGGCCAAAAACCAUCCACUUACAUUCCUCCACAUUCAUCCAUCUGUUUUUUUAAAAAGCCCCAGCCGUUCAAUGUCCUCAGGAAGACAAAAACUAUGAUAAAAGUGCCAUUAAAAAA